AUGUCGACUCCUGUGGUGACAGACAAGUGGGCAGGGAACUUUGAUUGUGACUUUUGUCGUAGGAAGCGUCUGGUGGGAGAAGAGUUUUCCAAAAAGGCAAGGAUGCUACAUGCACUGGAGAAGUACCGUAAGAAUGGUGGCAAACUUAAAUGCAAGCAAUGUGUUCAAGAGCAGGAAGAAAAGGAACGCCAAGCGGCAGCCGCCAAGCGAUCCACCAACGCUAACGCUACUAGUGAGGGCGAAACCCUUGCUUGCAAAUCUUGUACCAAAGAAUUGGAUGCUUCCCAGUUCAACAAGAAUCAAUGGAACAAGGGAGCUGGCAAGGCGAGAUGUCGCAGCUGUGUGGAAAAGGCACUGGAAGAAGAAAAGCAACAACAAGCAUCCUCCCAAGCGACCAAAUUGCAAGCGGCCAAAGACAAGGUCGCACAAGCCGAAGCUAGCGGGAACGCCCAAGCCAUAUUGAAGGCUGAAUCCGAGCUGGCAGCUUUGGAGGCCGAAAAAGUGACCGGUUUGAAGCCUGUCAAAAUGAGCAGUCGAGCUGGCGGUGGACGAGGAAGAGGGAGAGGCGGACGAGGCAGGGGUCGAGGUGGUCGGCGCUAA